AAAUCAAACAUUUACAUCAUCAAACUAAAGAUUAGCUAGGUUAGGUAGGUACCUUACAACGCCUUGUCUUGCCGUGCCUUCCAUCAGUUGCGAAAUAUCAAUCACCCGCAUGAAUUACUGAAUUACCCAAUAACACCUAUACAACUCUAUUACCUUCCACCUUCUACCUUCCACACACACCGGUUACACCAAGCUUAAUCAGUCUUGGCGUAGCCUUACUUCCCUCCUGUCCCUAAUUAUUAGAGAGAAGAGCUAAAAUACAUAAAUAAACCCACCAUUGCCCCGCGCAUCCAAAGCCCACUUGCAAUUCCAUUUUUUUCUCCAUGUCAACAAACUUCCUACGAGCAGCUCAGUCUACAUUCAGACAAUCUAUCUACAGACCGUCGCAUAUCGCAUCUUUACGCCAGUUCCAUACUACCUCGCCCAACAUGACUGUCCACAACUACCAGACCGCCGACGCCUUCAAGCAGGCCAUCAAGGACAACAAGGUCGUGCUCCUUGACUGCUUCGCUACCUGGUGCGGUCCUUGCAAGGCUAUUGCUCCCAUCCUAGCCAACCACUCAAACGACGAACAGUUCAAGGACAUUCACUUCGCCAAGAUUGACGUGGACGACCUACCUGAGUUGAGCCAGGAGCUCGGUAUCACCGCUAUGCCCACGUUCCUCCUCUUCAAGGACGGAAACAUAGAGCCCGCUGAGAAGCUCGUCGGAGCCAACCCCAACGCUCUCGUCACCAUCCUCAAGAAGCACGCCUAAAUUGUUUGCAAACAUAAUGCGUUGAGAGGUUUGAGUUAGGAUAAAAAUAUGUGUACUAGAGGAUCAUACGAACGUGACGAAGGCUGAGAGAGGAUAUCCCACAGAGUUCGAGGUCGGCUUACACGAGCAUGCGUAGUUGCGCUUUGCGCUGGAGGCUCGUCAUGAUGACGCGGAUGGUUUUCUGUUUUGCCAUUCCUAUAGAAUUGGGCUUACCGUAGCCCCAAUAAAUGAAUUCCUAUGAA